AAAAAAAACUAACAUGGCCGUUGCAACGGCGUCAUAGAUUCUGACGUUGUUUAUAUGUAUUUGUGCGAAAAUACUCGUUCUUUUCUUUGUGAAAUCAAAUAGUAAUAUUAAUCAUAUAUAUAAUGUGAGACCUUAUGCAUUCCUAGACUGUGUAUGAUAAUGUACUAAAAAUUACAGCAGAAAGAUGUCAAACAACACUGUCGGCUCAUCAGGGCCUGCUCCCGGCAAAAUACGUGGUCCUGGAAGACCUCCGAAGCGCACUUGUACUUGGUGCGGUGAAAGUAAAACUCCUUUGAAGUAUGUCCUGCCGACCGAAAACGGCAAAAAAGAAUUUUGUUCCGAGACAUGCCUGUCUGAAUUUAGACAGGCAUACAGCAAAGGCGCUUGUCUGCAUUGCGAUAAUGUUAUUCGAGGUAACGCACCGUCGAGUAGCAAGAACUUUUGUUCUACCUAUUGUUUAAAUAAAUAUCAAAAAAAGAACGAGAAACGGACAUCGUCCCCACAAUCUGGAAAUGGAGUAAAUGGAUCAGACAGCCACUCAAAUAAUAAUUCUACUAGUUCGUUUUAUGACAUUUAUCAAGCGUUUGAUUGGAAUGAAUAUAUGAAAGAAACUAACAGUGUAGCAGCUCCUCAAGAAUGCUUUAAGCAAGCUCCGGCACCUCCUGUGAAUGACUUUAAAGUAAAUAUGAAAUUAGAAGCAUUGGAUCCCCGAAAUCUUACUUCUACUUGUAUAGCUACUGUAGUAGGUGUUCUAGGACCCCGACUUAGACUGAGGCUUGAUGGCAGUGAUAAUAAGAAUGAUUUUUGGAGGCUAGUAGAUGCAGGGGACAUUCAUCCUAUCGGACAUUGUGAAAAAAAUGAUGGUAUGUUGCAACCACCACUAGGUUUCCGUAUGAAUGCUAGCAGUUGGCCUAUGUUCUUGCUCAAGACGUUAAAUGGGGCCGAAAUGGCACCUCCUCAAGUAUUUCAGCCUGAGCCUCCCACUCCAAAGACAAAUUUAUUCAUGGUUGGUCAAAAACUGGAAGCUGUUGAUAAGAAGAAUCCACAGCUAAUAUGUUGUGCAACAGUGGGGGCUGUCAAAAAUGAUCAGAUUCAUGUCACAUUUGAUGGCUGGAGAGGGGCUUUUGACUAUUGGUGCCGGUAUGACUCUCGGGAUAUUUUCCCAGUGGGUUGGUGUGCCAGGGCUGGACAUUUGCUUCAACCUCCAGGCCAGAAAAGUGCAAUAGCACCAUCAAAAUGGUUUAAACGUCCCAGUGGCAUUCCAAAUCCAGCUCUGCCUGAAGGAGGUUCCACAGGUGCAAAUAAUACAAGUACUUCACCUACAUCAACGCCCAUAGCAACUGUGCGGUUGCUGAUACGCAGUAGCUGUUCUGGAGGCAGCAGUUCCCUUCCCAGUGCUGUCUCUGGGUCAGGACCAUCUGGAGCAGCUGAAGCUUUAGUGAAAGAUUUGCUCAAUGUCCAUCCUGACCCACAGAGGCUGACCAGGGCGAUUCUUACAGCAUCUAGUAGUUACUCUAAUAUAACAAAUGUACAGGUGACAACAGGCUCAAAGAACUAUACAGUGAAAGUACCCACAGAGUUGACAAUUGAUGAAUUGAAAAAUUGGCUAAAAGCUGUGUGUGGCAGUGUGGGUUGUUGUGUUGGCAUGAUCGAGGUGGACAGCGGGGAGGCUGCUGGCCGGCCUUGCACCCUGUGUGGAGAAUCUACCUCAAACAGUGUUUCCUCUGCUGUAAAGAGGCCUAAAGUAGAAAUUGAGUCGGCGGGGUCGGGCGCGGAGAGCAACAAGAUGGCGCGGCUGUCGCCGGAGCGCGCGGAGCCGGCGUCGUCCACCACGGGCGCGCCGGGCCCGCCGCUGGCCGGCGCGCCGCCCGCCGACUGGUCGGUGGAGGACGUCAUCGGCUUUAUCGCCGCCGCCGACCACGCGCUCGCCGCACACGCCGACCUCUUCAGGAAGCAUGAAAUCGAUGGAAAGGCCCUGCUGCUCCUGAAUUCGGAUAUGAUGAUGAAAUAUAUGGGACUAAAAUUAGGCCCAGCAUUAAAAAUUUGUAAUUUAGUGUCAAAAAUUAAAAAUCGUCGACAUUACAGCACAUAAUUUAGUUAUAUUUAAUAAUUUGCUCUUAGAGUUCGAAACUUUAAGUUUCUUAAUUUUUGUAGUCUAGAAAGAAAUGUUUUAUUAUAUUUUUCCUAUUUUGUAUCUGAAUCUCGAACGAUAUUUUUGCAUCAUAUUUUGUUGUGGCAUAUAUUACCUACUGCAUGAUUUGCUAUUAACACACACCUCCACAGCAUUUUAAGUUUUAAAUUGAAAAAAUAUGAAUGACGCUUGAAAGAAAACUGUAAUAUUGUUGUUGAGAUACUAUUAUUAUUAUUAAAUCGAGUCGUGCAGGUAGUAUUUUUUUUAUCACUGAAUUCUUCGAAAUACACAUUUUGUCAUGAUCUUACAUAGCACUUACAGCAAAAAUUAAAAUUAUAAAUAUUUAUUAAUCUUGAAAAAUAAAUACUAUCCAUAACUGUUUGACUUAUAGUGUAAUUUAAGUCGCUGUUAAAAUGAAUAUUAGAUUGACGUGAAGUUUAGUAUUAACUGUGCUCUAAAUUCCAAAAUACAUUCGCAUCGUUCUACUAUCAUUGUGAACUUAGUCAUGUAAAUAAGUAUUAUAUGAGUUUUAUUGCAUUUAAUGUAGAAAGUGCUCAUUAUCACUGAAUUUUAACAUGUUUUAUCUAACUGAACUGUACUAUUAGAACUUUCAAAAUUAAUUUUAUCUAUUUACAUAAGAUAUACAUUGGCUAGUCGUGCUUAUUGCCUGUUAACUGUAAGUAAUCUUUGCUAACUUCCAAAAACCAUGGCAGUGUACAGAUAUUCUAUAGUAGUUUAGGUCUAGUGCCUUUCAGAAAUUAGGAGUACUUAAUGUCCCUACUUUGUCUGUCUUCAAAUACAAAAUGGCCGCAAGGACACCAAUAUAGUAGCUGUGAUUUUUAUGUGUAUGCAGAUUCCUAAAUAUUAUUGUGACAACUUGUACUUUUCCCUUAUAUUGCCACUUCGUUUUAUUACAAUUUUAAUGUUCCUUUGAUGUCAUGUGUGGCGUUUGCACUACAAAAGUAUUUUAUAUCUUAAAGUUGCGAUUAGUUUUAGUUUGCCAUUAUCAAUGUUAUAAUGUUAAAACAUUUCAUGAUGUGAUAUUGUCAAUGUUAUCUGUUAUCGUGAUAAAUGAUUAAUAAAUAGUAAUAAUAAGAAUUCUAAAAUAUUAUGUUGAAUUUAUUACGUGAAGUAAUUUAAGUUUAUCAUGACAUGAAUAAGCUAAGUUUAUGGAGUAUUGCCUAAUUUGUUUAUAUAAAGUAUUGGUGUAAAUAUUUUAAAUGAUUCAUGGGCAAGAAGCUCUCCCUGGAACACUAGUUAGGUAGGAAUACGGAUUUAAUUUUACAGUGUUAUACUGUAUUGAAUAUAGAUGUAUUGAUUUAUUUUAUUUUAAUUAAUUGAGAGCUUCUGUCGCAUUACCCGUUAUAAAUCGUUGUCCGUGUGGCUUAAUAGCCACACGGACAACGAUUUAUUAUAAUUACUACAGCGUUAUUAUUUAUGAUUUGGUCGGCAAAUAAUAAUAUUUUGAAAAUGUUAGAAAUUAUUUUCUUCAAAUAAAGCAAUACAUUUUAUCCAGUAAUAGUUGUAAUAUGAAAGCUUCCCUUUCUAUAGUACUGAAAUUUUUUAUUAGCGUUACAUAAUUAUUAUAAAAAAUCUUUUUAAAGCGUUUUUGGCAAGUCUGACAUUUCCUGAAUAUGACACUCUUGUCGACUAAAACCUAUUAUAGUGUAAAACUUGGUCCCAUAAGUACAUAAUUUUAUUUGUGAGUGUAUAUAAAAAUAAAAACAAUAGAUAUAAUAUUAUGUGAAAACACGUGUUAAUGAUUGAUAUAAAAAUAUUAUUUUAUUACUGUAAAAUUUAAUAAUUUUAUGUACAUAGGUGAAUACAUAAAUUGGAAACAGAUGUGUAUAAAUUAAAUAAAAAGCAAAAAUGAAUAAUCAUCAGUAUUAUUGU